CAGAAAAUUCGCAGUACGUUUCAUCAUCCUAAGGCUUUAGGCUCUCAAAGGAACAAUAAAACAGAAAACCACCUAAAGCCAUGUUGAAUGCUUAGUAAUUUUCCAUUUAAAUAGCCCCUUAGGGAAACAAGGGAAAAAAAUACUUAUAUUUUCAUAUAAAAAACUGUUUUGUUUAUUUAGAUCAAACGUAAUUUUUUAAAGAUGGAGAUGGCUAGGUUAUUAAAGUUGAUGCUUGUGUUCUGUAUUGCCGGUCUGAUUCCGACCAUACGAGCCAACAUAUCGGAGUUGGACGAAUAUUGGUCACUGCGAGCCGACAAAGCUCGAGAGUUCACUCUCCAAGCUUAUCAUUCUGAUCCUUACGAAAUCGUCGAUCACUUUCAUGAACGUCACUACGACAACUCUACUGAUGAUACUGGGACAGAGGAACAUAGCGGCAACUCUACUGAUGAUACCGGGACAGAGGAACAUAGCAGCAACUCUACUGAUGAUACCACUACAGAGGAAGAUAGCAGCAACUCUACUGAUGAUACCGCUACAGAGGAACAUAGCAGCAACUCUGCUGAUGUUACCGCUACAGAGGAAGAUAGCGGCACGAAGCCUGAAGAGGCGGGAACUGAGGUCAUUGAAAUGGUCGGGAACUCAACGAACAGCACUAGACGAAGCUUAAAAGGUAAAGGCAAAGGAAAAUGGAGUAAGCUCAAGGGACCGUGUACCGCAAGUAACCCGAUAGAUAAAUGCUGGCGUUGCCGUACGAACUGGGCUAAGCGUCGUAAGAAGCUUGCCAAAUGUGUCCGCGGGUUUGGCCACGGGACGACUGGUGGGAAACGUGGACGUAUCUACGUGGUUACAAGCAACCUCGACGAGGACAUGGUGAACCCUAUACCAGGGACAUUGCGUCACGCCGUGAUUCAAAAGAAACCUCUCUGGAUCAUUUUCAAGAACGACAUGAGCAUUCGUUUAAACCAAGAGCUUUUGGUUAAUAGCCACAAGACGAUCGAUGCACGUGGAGCUGAUGUCCAUAUCGCACAUGGCGCAGGGAUAACAAUGCAGUUUGUUAGAAAUGUUAUUAUCCAUGGGUUGCAUAUUCACCAUAUAUCUGAGAGUAGCGGUGGUAUGAUUCGUGACUCGGAAGACCAUUUCGGAAUGAGGACUAGAGCCGAUGGUGACGGGUUAUCUAUAUACGGUUCGUCUAACAUAUGGAUUGACCAUGUUUCGAUGUCAAAAUGUCAAGAUGGACUAAUUGAUGCAAUUGUUGGAUCCACUGCCAUUACAAUCUCCAACUCUCACUUCACUCACCACAACGACGUGAUGCUGCUUGGUGCGCAGAACAAUAUGAAUGAAGCGGACAUGAAGAUGCAAGUCACAGUGGCUUAUAACCAUUUUGGUAAGGGACUUGUCCAGAGGAUGCCAAGGGUUCGAUGGGGAUUUGUUCACGUUGUGAACAAUGAUUACACUCAUUGGGAGCUUUACGCUAUCGGAGGUAGUCAAGGUCCGACUAUUCUCAGCCAUGGAAACCGAUUCAUAGCUCCUCCACACUUACCUUAUUACAAAGAGGUGACAAAGAGAGAUUAUGCUUCUGAGGACGAGUGGAAACACUGGACAUGGAGAUCUGAGAAAGAUAUAUUCAUGAACGGAGCUUUUUUCAGACAAUCUGGGGAUCCUCAUUACAAAAGUGCUCACACGAGAAAACAAAUGAUUAAACCUAAAAAUGGAUACGCUGUUUCUAAGCUGACCAAAUACGCAGGAGCACUUGAUUGCAGAGUCGGUAGACGCUGUUAGAACAUCUCCUUUUUGAUUAAUUACUUUAAUGUCUUCUUGUUGUCUUAAUUAAAGACAAUUUUCACCAUUUUGGUUUUUUUUAUUCUAUCUAGUUUAGGAUAUAAAGAAUUAAGGGGUGAAAAUGAAAAGCGUUUUAA